AUGAACGCAUUCAGCGGAAUUGACUACCUGCCCAUUCAUCCCACAGCAUCCCCAAUAUCCGUCGUGGACAUCUUCUUCCCAGGAUUCAGUGCUCUCAAUGCAUCUGCACAGCGGCUCCUUCUCAACAACGCGAAUGGUUAUGUUCGGUUGAUCUGUAUGGGGGUCGUUUUCCUAAUAUUUGCUCGCUAUGCAUAUGGUUAUGCGAAUGACUUGAUCAACAAAUACUUCAGCCCGACCGUCCACGUGUACUACUAUGACGAAGCAUAUGAUAUGGUUAUCAAUUGGAUACAUCAACAACCAUUUGCCGGGGAAGCAGCUUCUCUAAUGGUCCGACUCAAGACUCGAACUGUCGUCCAGGACCAAUCGUUGAGAAAGAAGCCUCUGUCGUACUCCCCUUGGGAUGGGUCUUUCCCUUUUUGGUACAAGAACCACCGUCUCACGCUUCACUGUCAUAAAAGAGAGCAUCACGAGGAGAUCUCCAUCUCAUGCAUUGGCACAUCUCCAAAGGUUCUGAUUGAAUUGAUGGAAGAGUGCCGUGAACAAUAUCUCAACCUCAUUCAGCGGAAAGUGCCAGUCUUCGAACCGGAGGGUGGCGAGUGGAAGAGGACUAGCUUGCGACCUGCAAGAGACAUUUCCACGGUCAUAAUGGACGAGGAAGUGAAGAAAAACGUUUUGGAAGACAUGAAACACCUGAGCGAUGCUGGACUGAGUAAGCUUUUUUCUCAGCUUCCCCCUCGUUGUAUCGUCCUCCUAGAGGACGUGGAUGCGGUUGGCUUGAACCGUAAGAAUACCAACCCGGGCCAAGACCAGAAGGAUAUGAUUCAGUGUGGAGUAUCACUAUCCGGGCUUCUGAAUGUCAUUGAUGGCGUGGGAUCUCAGGAGGGUCGCAUACUCAUUAUGUCAACAAAUCAUAUCGACCAUCUAGAUGAAGCCCUAAUUCGCCCGGGCCGUGUGGAUAAGACUGUCUUGUUCAAACGUGCUGACAAAAAUAUCGUCACUAAACUUUUCCGUACCAUCUUCAAAGAGACUCCUAUCGAAUGUGAGCAACCAGCAAAGGAAAGCGGAAAGUUGACGAUUGAAAGAUUAGCUGAGGAUUUUGCCGCUCAUGUGCCAGAGGGAGAGUUCACCCCAGCCAAAGUCCUAUCAUUCCUUUUGGACCAUAAGAACUCGCCUAUAGAUGCUGUAAGUGGUAUUCAAGAAUGGGUUGCAAAACAAAAAGGGCAGGAAUCCACGGCUAGGUUGGAGAGAAAACUCGUGGAUUAAAGAUGACUAAUUCCAUGGCCUCAUGUCAAGUCCCUGCCGCGGAGUCGCUUGAAAAGCUGCGGCCUAGCGAAUUAGGAGCUGGAAUACCAAACAAUGAGUAGAGACUCUCCUUUAGAUACGUAGUUAAAUCGUGUCGCUUCU